AUCAAUCAUGGUGAAGAAUAAGCAGUCACUCCUACUUUCCCUUCUCCUUGCGUUGGUUGAGCUGGUGUUGCUACCAGCACCAUCAUGCCAGGAGAUGAACUUCGAUUUCUGGGUGAGAAAGCAGACAUCUAAUGCCAGCAAAGAUGCGGGGUGCGCAAAGAAGGACGUUGCACUAUCCUCCGCCGAUGCUACUAUGGUGAGAAAUUCUAUCGAUCCCUCCACCCAAUUGAAUCCUGAAGAUGGCUGUUACAAGACCAUUAGCGAAUCCAUCGCCAACAUCCCUGAUGGAAGCACCAAAAGGUACAUACUUCAGCUGAAGGGUGGUACUGUGUUUCGUGAGAAGGUCUUCCUUCCAAAGAACAAGCCAUUCGUCACCUUAAUGUCCGACCCCAACAAUCCUGCUACCAUUGUUUGGAAUGACACAGCAACCACACCAGGAAGGGAUGGCAAGCUCCUUGGUGUGGAUGGCAGUAGCACGGUGAGCAUAGAGUCUGACUACUUCAUUGCCUAUGGCAUCAUCUUCAAAAAUGAUGCACCGCUGCCGAAGAAAGGGGAGAACAAAGGUGAGGCAACAGCGUUGCGGGUGCUCGGAACAAAGAUAACACUAUACAAUUGCACCAUCGAUGGUGGGCAAGGUGCUCUAUAUGACCAAAGUGGGCUGCACUACUUCAAGGCUUGCAUCAUCAGGGGAACCGUCGACUUAAUCUUUGGCUCUGCCAAGUCAUUUUAUGAGGACAACAACAUCAUUUCCGUGAACAAGGAAACUUUGCCAAUGGCGCCACUGCAGCAACAACAACGCAAUAAUCCCAUCAAGGCCGCCCCCGGAGAGGUCGGAUUAUCUUUCAAAACCUGCACAAUUGAGGGAGAGGGAGAACAAAUCUAUUUAGGCAGGUUGGGUAUGGCUUGUGUCUACUUAUACACAAAGAUUGACAAGAAACUCGAACCUGUAAUCUCAGAUGGUGGGAAUGUCCAGACGGUCAACAGGACUGGGAUGAUCUACUAUGCAGACUUCAAGAGCUACGGGCCUGGCCUUGAUAAAGCGCUACGAUCGGAACUUAGUUAUGCUGAGGCUAGGCCAUAUCUCGGGACUUACUACAUCUCGGGAGACACAUGGAUCCCAUUCCUACCACCAGCUGAAACAUGGUUGUAGGGAGCACAAGGAUGACUCAAGAUCACUAAGUGACUGGACACACCUUUUACUCUCGAAUUCUGGUCCACCAAAUUUUGUCUUUUAAAUAAACCAUGCAGAACCCUAUAUGCGCAUGCAUGGAGUUCAAAAGGAAUAUGUUGAACUUUUACUUCAAACGGGUAUUAUCUGCAGCCAACUAACUUUUGCGACAAAUAUGUUAUCAUGAGAGAGUUUGUGAAGUGAUGACAAGAAAUGUCAUUUGUGUCAUUUCUAUUUUUCAAGGCUACUUGCUAUUGUUCAAUAUAUUUAAUAUUUAAUGGC